UCCUGCUUGUUGUUAAAUAAAAGGACAGAUGGAGCAGAAUAAUAACUGAUGUCAUAGAUAUAUGGAAACCAAGUUCUGAAGCUUCUAGAACAACAUGGUAGUUAUUAGCAACGGAAAGGAAGGAACACAUUGGAGGAAGGCAGCCACACUCAGAAUGAAGCACUAAGUCACAGGGCUUUUAAAUAUAAGAGCCAUGAAUCCAUCUGGGCCUCAGAAUAGCUUUUGUAAAGAGCAGCCCUGAAUAAAGAACAGAAGCAGGAAGGAAAAGAGCAUCAUACUGGAGUAGUUAACAGACACCUUGGGAAACUCCAGAAGUCCUGCUCUGGAGACUGAACAACCUAGCAUAGCCAUAUGCAGAUGGGAGUAGAAUGGAUGAGCCUGAGGAAACUCUUGAGAGCAGUGACGCAAAUGAAGGUGGGCUAGAUACUGAAGAACAGGGAGAUAAUGAUGGAAUCAAGGAGGAAAUCAAGGAGGAAACUGUUGAAAUUAAUGAAGAAGAUGCACAUGAAAUCAAUGAGGAAAAGAAAGAAAGUGAUGAAAUCAAAGAUAGUGAGGAGGAGAAACAUAAUGAUGAAAUCGAAGAGUUGACACCACACCAGGAAAGUGGAGAUAACGGCCUAGCAAUGGACCAAGAUGUCCCAAAGACAACAAGUUCUGAUAAAGGUGAGGUGGAGCGACCUGAGAGCAAAAUCAGCAUUAUUCAGCAUAAGGAACUGAUAGAGGAAAACCAGCAGCCUGACUUGCCUCCUGGCAGCGUAAGUGCUAGCAUGUCAUCUCUCAAAAAGGAACUUGGUCAUGACUCCCGUCGUGGCAGCCAGCAUAGCCAGCACCUCCCGGGCCAUGAAUCCCGCCGAGGCAGUCAAAGUCAACCUUUAAUAGGCCAGGAAUCCAGGCAUAGCCAGCAGCAACCAGGACACGAAUCUCGCCGAGGUAGUCAACCAGCUGGAGCCCAGGAAUCCAGGCAUAGCCAGAAGCUCCCAGGACAUGAAUCCCACCGCGGAAGUCAACAGCUCACAGGCCAGGAAUCCCGGCAUAGCCAGAAGCUUCCGGGACAUGAAUCCCACCAUGGAAGUCAACAGCUCACAGGCCAGGAAUCCCGGCAUAGCCAGAAGCUUCCGGGACAUGAAUCCCACCGCGGAAGUCAACAGCUCACAGGCCAGGAAUCCCGGCAUAGCCAGAAGCUCCCGGGACAUGAAUCCCACCGCGGAAGUCAACAGCUCACAGGCCAGGAAUCCCGGCAUAGCCAGAAGCUUCCAGGACAUGAAUCCCACCGCGGAAGUCAACAGCUCACAGGCCAGGAAUCCCGGCAUAGCCAACAGCUUCCAGGACAUGAAUCCCGCCGAGGCAGUCAUCAAUCCAUUAGCCACCAGGUCCUACAAAGCCAUAGACCUUCCACAACACAACCUAUAAAUGAAGUUGAAACCAAGGAGGACAUGACAUGGAUUAGCCAAAGGACAGGGAAAGUUAUGAAAUGUGAAAGCCAGCAGACCAGUAGAAUUUGGGAGCACAAGCCACUCUCUGAAAUUCUGCAACCUCUUGGCUACCCGAAAAGUGUAGAGAAAGCAGCAGGAAAACCACCUGCAGUGGCUCGUGUCAGCAGCCAAGAGUCAAAGCAGCAACAACCGACAGAGGAUGGGUCUUGGAUCAGCAAAAAAACAGGGAAGUUAUUGAAAUGCACAGGUCAGCAGACAAGUAAAAUCUGGGAGCGAAAGCCUCUGGCAGAAGUUCUUCGUCUUUCUCGCCAACCAGAUGCAGAUAGUGAUGCUGGAGAAAAAGUGAAAACUGCCGAAGAAGUGAUUGUUGCUCCCAAAGAUUCGGAAGCUAAACCAGUAGAAGUGGCAGAGGCUCGCCUCAGCAGCCAUGAAGUUCAGGAAUCCCAGCAAGGUGAUCAAGAGGUGGAAGGAAAGGAAUCACAGGUGGAAGGAAAGAGAAAAGCUUCUACUAAAAUGUCCGUAGACAAAACACUGCAGACCGAUAGCAAAAUAAGCGUUUUUAGACAUAAAGAACUGAUGCAUAAAAAUGAACAGACAGACUUUCCUCCUGACACUUUACCCAGCAGUAGAACCUCUCUCAAAAACCAGCAUGAAUCCUGGCAUAGUAAUCAACAAGCAGAAGGACAGGGAUCAAGACGUGGUAGUCAACAGGUAGAAGGCAAGAAGUCACAGCUGGAGAGUCAACAACCAGAAGGGCAGGAAUUGACGGCUGAAAGCCAGCAACCAGAUGCUCAAGGAUCUCAACAUGAAAGCCAACAGCUAACUGGACAGGAAUCUCGGAGAGGCAGCCAACAGCCACAACAGCCAGAUGAGAACAAGCCAGCACAACUUGAAAAGGAGCAAGUGCAGCCAGAGGACCAUCAGAAACUUCCUGAAGAGGAAACAUUCUACCUGGACAGAAAAACUGGUGUAGAAGUCAGAUCUGCAAGUCAACAGACCAGCGAGAGUUUGUUCAUAGACUACCUAACAAAAAUAUAUGGCCCUCGAUAUGGUGAGGCUCCUCUUCCAGUAGGUGAUCAACCAAAGGCUAAAGAGGAUCAGCCCCCAGAGAGUGAUGAAAUCCAGGGGGAAGUUAAGGUAGAGGAGGAAGAAAAACAAGAACCAGUCCCUGAUGGGGGUGAUGAAGCAGAGGCAGAAGUACAGCAGCCUCCCCAACCAGAGGCCCAAGAGCCCCAAGAUACCGAGUUGCAAACAGGUGGGCAACAGGCAGAGGGUCCCGGGUCCCAGAAAGAGAGCCAACAGGCAGAUGGUCCCGGGUCCCGGAGAGAGAGCCAACAGGCAGAGGGCCCCGGGUCCCAGAAAGAGAGCCAACAGGCAGAUGGUCCCGGGUCCCGGAGAGAGAGCCAACAGGCAGAAGGGCCAGGGUCCCGAAGAGAGAGCCAACAGGCAGAAGGGCCAGGGUCCCGGAGAGAGAGCCAACAGGCAGAAGGGCCAGGGUCCCGGAGAGAGAGCCAACAGGCAGAAGGGCCAGUGUCCAGGAAAGAGAGCCAACAGGCAGAAGGGCCAGGGUCCCGGAGAGAGAGCCAACAGGCAGAAGGGCCAGUGUCCAGGAAAGAGAGCCAACAGGAGGAGAUGCCAGGGUCCCCAAAAGAUAACCAAGAUGAGGAGAUGCCAGGGUUCCCAAAAGAGAGCCAACAGGAGGAGAUCCCAGGGUCCCGCAAAGACAGCCAACAGGUGGAGAUGCCAGGGUCUCGGAAAGAGAGCCAACAGGUGGAGAUGCCAGGGUCCCGGAAAGAGAGCCAACAGGUGGAGAUGCCAGGGUCCCGCAAAGAAAGCCAACAGGUGGAGAUGCCAGGGUCUCGGAAAGAGAGCCAACAGGUGGAGAUGCCAGGGUCCCGCAAAGACAGCCAACAGGUGGAGAUGCCAGGGUCCCGCAAAGACAGCCAACAGGUGGAGAUGCCAGGGUCCCGGAAAGAGAGCCAACAGGUGGAGAUGCCAGGGUCCCGGAAAGACAGCCAACAGGUGGAGAUGCCAGGGUCCCGCAAAGAGAGCCAACAGGUGGAGAUGCCAGGGUCUCGGAAAGACAGCCAACAGGUGGAGAUGCCAGGGUCCCGGAAAGAGAGCCAACAGGUGGAGAUGCCAGGGUCCCGGAAAGACAGCCAACAGGUGGAGAUGCCAGGGUCCCGCAAAGAGAGCCAGCUAUUUGCACAGCAUGAAUCUCCACUACAUACGCACCUAUCUGUGGGUGAAAUAACUGAACAACCAGGUCCCUCCGAAAGCCAAGGAACGCUAGGGAGCAUUGUGUCAUUUACCGAAGGGGAGGAUGUAGCUCUGCAGACGUACAGCAUAGUUUCUCUCCCGGACGGAAUUUGGCUGAACAGGAAGACAGGCAAGUUUUUGGUAAGCCACGGUCAGCAGACAACAGUCACUUCACUUUCAGCCCUGAAUCAAAUAGCACUGGAAGAGGCCGCAAUUGCUUCAAAGCCAUCUGGACUUGGCGCUGGCGGCGAGGGAGUGGUGGCCAAGGCCUUGGAAGUGCAUCAGGACAGUGCUACAGCUGAAGCAAAGCCUGAAGAAGACCAGCCGCCACCUUUAAGCCAGGAAUCCCGCCGUGCUAGUCAGCAGUCGAGGCACAGCCAAGGAUCCCGCCGUGGCAGCCAGAUUCCUUUGGAGCAAGAACCCAGUCCUGUCAACCAGCCAACUUCUGAUGACCAGAAGGAAGAGGGGCUCCAGGAAGCGAAGGAUGCUGAGGGAGAGCUGAGCCAUCGCUUGAGUGAAGCAGCCCUGGAGAGCAUAGCAGCAGCAGCCGCGGAUGGAGAGGACAACGUAUCUCAGCGGACUUACAGUUCCAUUUCUCUAGCGAAAGGAUCCUUUGUCAACAAAAGAACAGGCAGGUCGCUGGUAUCUCAGCAACUGCAGACUGAAGAGUCUUCAUUUCAUAACACUGGAGAAGCAGUGGAAGAACCCCAGGACGGUGACCAAGUACCUGAAGAAGACCAGGUUGAAAAUCCUGAGCCGAGUGAACCUGAGAACCCCGGGGAAUAGCAGGUGCAACAGCGGGAAAGAGAAGAAGGUCCUUAUAUGAGCAGACAGUUAGUCGAUGGCUAAGGCCCAGCUUACCCUGUGAGUCAUGACCUGUUCUUGGAAUCGUAGAGACCUGAGUGGCAGAGCCACCUGUAUCCCCAAGAGAUAUCCCCAGGAGUCACCAUGUCCUGUUUUCCGAACAGAAGGCACAGUGGCUAGCAAGGGGAAGCAAAGUUCCUGGGAGCAUGGUGGGCCUCUUUCGUCAGAAAAGAAAAGCCUUAGGCUGAAAGAAGCAGAAUAAAAAACAAACAUGGGAAA